GAUGGUGGAAAUGGACUAUAACCUGUAAAAUGUGUUAGAUGAAAGUAUAUCUGAGCGGGUUUUUUUCUUUACGUUGGCGUUUAGCUCGGCUCGUUUUUUCUUUUCUUUUUUUUUCUUCUUUUCUUGCGUUAGUGACUGUUAGCUCUGCGGUCAUGACGCCGCUGCUCCUCAACGUUGGCGGAAGAAAAUAAACUUCCACUCAGUAACAUGAUAAAAUUAACGCCAGAAAGCAGAACUGGAAAGGAUCUGAAGGAGAAGAAAGAAGUUGUGGAGGAGGAGCAGAAGCAAGAACAGGAGCACAAGAAGGAGAACGCCAACGGAGACGCACCUGCUAAUGGAACAGAGACUAACGGUGCGUCUCAUGAAGUAACCGACAAGGAGGACAAAGCAGCUGAAGAGCCUGCAGAGGGGGAGGGUGAGGAGGGCGAAGAGGAGAAGGCUGCUGAAGAGGAGGCAGAUGGGGAGGCAGUGAAACGUCCUGCAGAGGAGGAGGAGACGGUCGAAACAAAGAAACAGAAGACGGAGGAGAACGGCAAGUCCACGGAAGCCGAAGCUGAAGUGACGGCCUAGAGCCGUUCCUCGGCAGUUCUCUGUUCGGUCAAUCUGACCUGGUAGAGUUUGUGCUUCUAUGUAUAUUUUCAUUCUGUUCUCGCCCCUGCCCUUAUGAGAGAUUCGUUCACACUGAAGCCUGUAAUAUCCUGACACACUUUUUCCCUCCCCCUCCCUUUUUAAAAAAAUUUUUUAGUAUGAUGAUAUUUAUCGGUGUAGGACCGUGUUAGGGGUCAGUUAUAAAAAUCCAAGAGAAUUUUUUUAUGCACAAGUUAAAUGUGUGAGCACACAUUCUACUGCGGUUUUGUUUUGACCAGCAGACGCGCAACCGUAAAAAAUGUACACAUCGCCAUAUAUAGUGUGCCCUUUUUUUCCUUCAUGUUCUGAUGUUUUAUAUGGGUGAUCAUAUAAUUCAGAUUCACUUAAGACCAAAGAUAAAAAGUUUUAAGCAGGGGCUAAUAGUUAACACUUUAAUCCUAGUUGUUUUCUGCUGCUAGUAGUUAAUCCCUUGCUUUGGCGUAUCUGUUAACACAACAGAUGGCGUGUAUGAAUGGGAUCUCCUUACCGCGAGAGUUGAGAAGAAAAGAUAACUUUGUCCUUUCCUGGCUAGCUUAUGUUAAAUAACCCCUCUUAAACCUUAAAGUUUUUGGUCUUUUGUUUCAUAUGCAUUCCAAAAGGUUUGUACCUUUUCACGUCCUUAUGUACAGUUUGGGUUUGUUUUUUCGCGUUUUUAUUAUUUUUUAAAAACUUUUUGUAUGGGCAGUGCAGGAUGCGAAACGGUCAGCAUGCCGGCACUGGUGUUUUGUGUUUUGGUUGCUUUUGACCACUGCUUUGUAUAUUCUGGUUCAGGCGUAUAAAUAAAAUCACUCGUCUUUUUAAAACCGA